CAAUCCCAUCCUCCCACCUUCCAUGCAAUCUUCCAUUGCCUGGUAGGGGAAGCUAGCUCCUCUCCAUUUCGAACACGUAGAACCACUUUUUUUAGGAAUGGCCGUCGGCAAGAAAGGAACUAUUAUUGGCGGCUCUGUCAUCCUACUCAUCGCCGUUGUUGCCACUGUCGUCGUCGUCGUCACUCACAAUGGCUUCGCAUCCAAAUCCGCGGCUCCGGGAGGUCGGAAUGGCGACACCCUUCAGAGCACAUCGCGAUCAGUCCAAGCCAUAUGCGAGCCCACCGAUUACCGUGAGAUCUGCGAGUCGGCUCUUUCGAAAGUUGCCAAUGAUAGCACUGAUCUCAGGCAGCUCAUCAAGCUCUCCUUCAAGGUAGCCACAGACCAUCUCCGCCAAGCCUUCCAGCAAUCCAAACUCCUCUCUACAGCAGCGCGCGAUCCCCGCACGAAGGACGCCCUCAAAACCUGCCGCGAGCUAAUGGAAUACGCCAUCGAGGACAUCAAGACCACCUUCAACAAAUUCGACAGCUUCAACACGUCCAACCCCGCCAAAGCCGUCGACGAGCUCAAGCUCUGGCUCGACUCUGCCGCCACCUACCAAGAGACAUGCCUGGACGGCUUCGAGAACACGACCGGCGACACCGCAGCCGGCAUGCGCAAGGCCCUCAAUUACUCCAUGGCGCUCACCGACAACGCGCUAGCGAUCGUUGGCCAGCUCGCGGAGUUCGUGGAUGAUUUGAGACUGCCUGACGUGUUCAGCCGGCGGCUGCUAUCGGAGGAAGAGGUGAAGGAAAAUGAGUUCCCGGGUUGGGUUAGUGCUGAUCGGAGGAGGUUGCUGUCGAUUCCACCGUCUGGGAUUAAGCCUGACGUGGUGGUGGCGCUGGAUGGCAGUGGUGAUUUCUCGAGCAUUAAUUCAGCGCUGGGCGUGGCGCCAAUUAAGAGCCAGAAGCCAUUCGUGAUAUAUGUGAAGAAUGGAGUGUAUAAGGAGAAGGUGACAGUGUAUAGGAAUCGGACUAACAUAGUCGUGGUGGGCGACGGCGCAACGCAGACUGUGGUUACGGGAAGCCUCAACUUCAUUGAUGGUGUCGGGACUUUCAAGACAGCCAGCUUCGUGGUAAUGGGGGAGGGAUUCAUGGCACGGGACAUAGGCUUCCAGAACACCGCCGGUCCUGCCAAACACCAAGCAGUCGCCCUUCUCGUCCAGGCCGACCGCUCCGUCUUCUACCGCUGCCGAAUGGACGCCUAUCAGGACACCCUCUACGUCCACACCCUCCGCCAAUUCUACCGCGAAUGCACCAUCUCCGGCACCAUUGACUUUAUUUUCGGCGACGCAAAGGCCAUCUUCCAAAACUGCCAAAUCCUCGUCCGAAAACCCCUCGACAACCAGCAGAACAUCGUCACCGCACAAGGCCGCAAGUCCCGACAAUCCGCGACCGCCAUCAUACUCCAUAACUGCACCAUCACCGCCGACCCGUCUUUCCCCCCUGCUCUCCUCCUCCACUCCAAGAACCCAACCUACCUCGGCAGGCCGUGGAAGGCGUUUUCUAGGACGUUUGUAAUCCAGUCCUUUAUAGAUACGCUCGUAAAUCCUAAUGGGUGGCUGCCUUGGCUUGGGGAUUUUGGACUGAGGACGUGCUUCUAUACGGAGGUGGAGAACAGGGGGCCAGGGGCGGAUAAGAGCAGGAGGGUUAAGUGGAAGGGGGUGAAGAACAUUAGUUAUGCGCAUGCGCAGAAGUUCACAGUUGAGUAUUUUCUGUGGGGGAAUGAUUGGCUUCCUUUGACCCAAGUUCCUUACAUUCCAGCUUUGUUGCCCCAGUCCGAGCCAGGAAGGAUACGUUGAUGACGGAUUUCUUGUUCUCUUCAGAUAAACAUGUUCUUUUCUUCCAUAAAAUAGAUGAAAGCUAUAAUC